AUGAUCAUCAAAGCCAGCGACUCAGAGGCGUUUUCAGGGUGCAUUGCACCAACGGGGUCGGAAGGCAAUGGCGAAAUUUUAGCCAUCCUGGCCGCUGAUGCUUGUAUGCCCAUUGCAAUUGUGGGGAUGGGUUUUCGUGGACCGGGCGACGCAACCGAUGUCCAAAAGCUAUGGGAGAUGAUUAUUGAGCAAAGAGAGGCAUGGGGGCCUAUUCCAAAGGAGCGUUGGAAUAACAAGGCAUUCUAUCAUCCAGACCACGCUCGGCAUGGCGCGAUCAACGUGAAGGAGGGACAUUUCAUGAAAGAGGAUUUAUCUCUGUUUGAUGCGCCAUUCUUCAAUAUGACCGGCGAUGAGGCUGCCGCCAUGGAUCCUCAACAGCGGCUCUUGCUUGAAGUAACCUAUGAAGCAGUGGAAAAUGCCGGAAUCCCGCUGUCGCAAUUCACGGGAAGCAAAACAUCCUGUUUCGUGGGAUCCUUCAGCGCCGAUUACACCGAUUUACUUCUUCGCGACCCAGAAUGUGUCCCAAUGUACCAGUGCACGAACGCUGGCCAGUCUCGUGCGAUGGUCUCCAACCGUAUUUCCUAUUUCUUCGAUCUGAAAGGUCCGAGCGUCACCGUCGACACAGCAUGUUCAGGCAGUCUUGUCGCUUUACACCUAGCAUGCCAAAGCCUUCGAACCGGUGACGCGUCGAUGGCAGUCGCUGCUGGUGUCAAUCUCAUUCUCAGUCAUGAAUUCAUGUCGACGAUGAGUAUGAUGAGGUUUCUUUCCCCAGACGGCCGUUGUUACACCUUCGAUGAGCGAGCCAAUGGAUACGCGCGAGGUGAGGCCGUUGACUGCCUCAUCCUCAAACCACUCGUUGAUGCGCUUCGCGACCACAACAAAAUACGCGCCAUCAUUCGAGGCAGUGGAUCUAAUCAGGAUGGCCGGACUCCGGGAAUCACGCUUCCAAGCGGCACUGCACAAGAGACUUUGAUGCGGGAUGUCUAUGCGCGGGCGGGUCUGGAUCCGAAAGAAACCGAAGUCGUCGAGUCCCAUGGUACUGGCACUCAAGCAGGCGAUCCAAUUGAGACGGCCGCGAUUUCUCGAGUUCUCGGCCUCGCUCGUGAGGCUGGGCAAACAGUAAAAAUCACUUCAAUCAAAACAAACGUCGGACACCUGGAAGGCGCAAGUGGCGUUGCGGGCGUCAUCAAAGCUGUCCUCAUGCUGGAGAAUCGUAUGAUUCUACCCAAUCGUAACUUCAAAACGCCAAACCCACGAAUUCCCUUGGAAGAGUGGAGCUUGAAAGUUCAAUCAACACCCGAGCAAUGGGAAACACCUGGCCACCAUCGGGUAUCCGUCAACAGCUUCGGGUAUGGGGGAUCCAACGCUCACGUCGUUAUUGAAGAUGCCAUCGGAUAUCUUACGAGCCGGGGGCUACAGCAAUGGUUACUGGGUUUAUCAGACUCGGUUGAAAAGGCUCAGCUUGACUUUGCGCGUCAAGGGUGGCCGUCACAAAGAAGUAGAAUAUUUGUGCUCUCGGGAUUUGACGAACAAGCAUGCAAAGAGCAGGUCAGACGAAUUCACGACUACCUCGUGGCCAGAGAAGGAUACCUGGAUCAUGAGCUCAUGGAUGAUCUCGCCUUCACAUUGAACGAGCGUCGGACUCGGUUCAUGUGGAAAACAGCAGUUAUCGGGGAUUCUGUCUCCACCCUGAUUGAUGUACUCUCAGGAACUCCUAAAAUACGAAGCUCUGUUCGAGAUCCGACUUUGGCAUUUGUGUUCACCGGCCAGGGAGCACAAUGGGAUGGCAUGGGAAAGGAGCUACUUCUUACCUACCCGGUUUUCCGGGAGUCAAUCGCCAUGAUUGACGCAUUUCUAGAAACUCUUCGAGCCCCGUUUAGUGUCUACGAUGAAAUGACCGGGGAUCCAGAGGACUCUCAUCUGAGCCAUCCUUUGCUGAGCCAGACGUUGUGCUCAGCUCUUCAAAUUGCGCUCGUCGAUCUCCUAGCAUCUUGGGGUGUGUACCCCGCCUCCGUCACAGGUCACUCGAGUGGUGAAAUCGCCGCUGCAUACGCUAGUGGUGCCCUGAGCUUGGAAGACGCGAUGAGCAUAGCGUAUCAUCGUGGUGUGAUCGCUAGCCAAUUAUUGACGGCUCCAGUAAGUGGAGGUAUGAUGGCAAUCGGAAUGUCACCCGCAGAAGUACAACCACUCUUGGCGAGAAUCAAUUCUGGAAAGGCUGUCAUUGCUUGCGUGAACAGUCCUCACAGUGUUACAGUAUCCGGGGAUGCAGAAGCGAUCGAUGAAAUUGCAAAAGCCCUCCAAGACAGCCCUGUGCUCAGCCGUCAGUUAGCGGUGGCUGUCGCCUAUCACUCACAUCACAUGGAACUUGUCUCGAAUGAGUACCUGAAGUCAAUAGACCAGAUUGUACCAAAGAAACCGAAUAACCUGACCGGUCCAAUUUCGUUUUUCUCUUCGGUCACUGGAACGGAGCUUGAACCCGAAGCGCUUGGACCUCGAUACUGGGUGUCGAACUUACUUGGUCAAGUCAAGUUUGCCGAGUCGGUGAAGAAACUUUGUUUCGAGACAAACACUCGGUAUACCGGAAUCGGAACACCUGCAGGGAGGCGGAUGAAGAGAGUGGGCACCGCGCAGAAACCAAGCGUUGAUGUGAUUCUUGAAAUUGGCCCCCAUUCGGCUUUAUCGGCCCCGGUGAAGCAAAUACUUCAAGCAGAUGUGAAGCUCAAGGCAGCAGACAUCGAGUAUGCUAGCGUCUUGGUGCGAAGACAAGAUGCCGUAUCUUGCGCGCUAGACGCCAUGACAAAAUUGGCCUCCCUGAAUUAUUCGCUGGACUUUAAAUCAAUCAAUCGCCCGGUAGCAGCGAACACCGGGAAUCCCCCCCGAACAGGUCUACUCGGAGCAUUGGACAACGUGGCUUGCCCAUUCGAGCCACGUUGGCGAAACCACCUGCGCGUCUCGGAGAUACCCUGGCUCCUGGACCACAAGAUUCAAUCUGAUAUCGUCUUCCCGGCCGCAGGGUACAUGUGCAUUGCGAUCGACGCAGCCAUGCAAUUGGUCACAGAUAUCGGUGAGAUUGCAGCAUUUGUUCUGCAAAGAGUUUCAAUUCGAUCGGCGUUGAUUAUCCCUGAAACCGCUGGCAUUGAGAUAAUGACAUCAUUGCACUUCCAUGCCGAACAAGCCGAUCGGUUGCAUUCGGGAUAUAGAUUCCACAUCUACUCGGUGUCGAAAGAAAACAGAUGGACGGAGCACUGCACCGGGAUUGUCCAAGCGGAGAAAAAGCAAAAAAAUACGGCGGGAGGGAAGAUCGGCAAAGCGGAGGGCGCGGCGAUGUUACCCGAAUCUGACUCCACAGACGUCUCAGUGGUCAAUAUUGAUCAUCUAUAUGAAAGGCUACGUCAUGUUGGCUUGGAUUAUGGCCCCUGCUUUUCCAAUAUGAAAUCGGCGCAAACAAGUGAUGAUGGUAUCUGCUUUGCGGAAAUUACACUCCCCAAUACGGCAGCAGUCAUGCCGAUGCAGUUUGAGCAUCCGCUAUUGAUCCAUCCUUGUACAUUGGAUAGCUUGUUCCACGCAAUGUUUGCCAUGCUGUCGGAUAAAGCAUCUCUGGAAAAAGGGCCGAUGAUCCCAGUUUCAAUCGAAAAUCUACGAGUGGCAACCUGUAUCAACUCCAGUGCCGGUCAAGUCUUCAGUGCAUGUACCCAUGUGCGAACAGGUCCAGAGGAUACAGUCUUGGCAUCUAUCGUCGCCGCAGAGAUCAGUAAUGGAAUUCACAGCUCAGAGCCCAAGCUUUCUGUAAAAGGGCUACGAUGUAAACGACUGGACAUUGCGACAAACGAUUCAAAGUCGUCAAAACAUGUUGCUCUUAUUUAUGGAAUUGAGUGGCAGCCCGAUCCCGGAUUGCUUCUCGGUAAUGUUAGCUCUUAUCGAAUUCUCGAACAGCAUGUUCAAUCAGUGGAGCAAACAUCACUGCGUGAAGAAUAUGAAAAACAAGCGACUUCUCUCAUCAAGGACUUCGUUGUCAGAUACGAUCAACUUGGUCAAACCCAACAAGAUACACUUGUAAGCAAGUAUAGAUCUCAUUUCGCUGAGCUUCUCCAGAGACACAAUGCGCUCGAAGAGAUAAGCCAGAUCACAGACAUAGGAGACAGGCAGAGGGAAAUUCCUCAGUUCAUGACAAGACCACUUCGCGCAAUCAAAGCAUAUGUCUCUUCAAUUUUUAAUGGCGACGAUAGGGACACUCAAACAAGCCGACUCGAGCUUUGGGAUUCUCGUUGGGAGAUUCUCGCUGCCGACCGUACCUAUCUUCGUGCCGCAAAGCAUCUAGCACUACUUGGCAACAAAAAGCCAGAUAUCUCGGUUCUUGAGAUCUGCGAAGGAACAGGUCAGCCAUGCACAAUGCUUUUAGAAAGCCUCGCAACCGGAUUCAAACAUCCCCACCUGAUACCUUGCUGCACCAAAUACUCGUUCACAUACAAAGAUAACUCAGAGCUAGAACAGCUCAAAUCAAAAGUCACUCGUUGGCCUGAAUUGGCUGGCUACACAAAGCUUGACAUAGAGCGCGAUAUCUCCGGACAGGGGCUCGAAAAAAAUUCGUACGAUGUGAUUGUUGCUCCCCACGGCCUUUACUCGGUGCAUUCCGUGAAAACGGCUCUAUCGAAUUUUCGAUCACUACUAAAACCAUCCGGCUACCUCCUUAUUAUUGACAACUUAUACCCGGAAAGAAGUAUCUUGGAUGCGAUAAUGAGUAGUGCUUUGUAUCCUUGGCCUAUUGAGAAAUUGCAUCUUCCUUCAAGUAAUGUCAUAGAAAGGAGAAGUUUAGUCCAAGCGCUCCAUGAUGCAGACUUUACGAUCCGCUAUCUGGCCGGAGAUGGUUCUGAGAAUAGUGACAAUGGCACUUUGAUGCUUUCCAGCCUGCAAGGAAAUAAAGAGUUUGCAAAGAGAUCAUUCACGAUCAUCUCUGAGAGAGAUCGAGAUCAGAUCGCUGUCACAAUUCUACAGCGUCAUCUUGAAGACCUGGGGUGUUUAGUUACCCUGACAGAUAUGAUACAUGUUCAAGCCAAGAACCAGGUGUGUGUGGUUUUGAGCGACACGCAAAAUCAUGUCCUUGCGGGUAUGGACGUGGAAAUGUUGGAAAAGGUGAAGGAUGUUUUCUUGCACAGCGCUGGAGUACUCUGGAUCACUCGCGGAGGGACGAUUAACCCGAACUAUCCAGAAGCAGGACUUGCCUUAGGAUUUGCUAGGACAGCCCGCUCUGAAUCUGCCGUUGAGCCGAUUGUCACGCUUGACCUGGAUUCCCUCAAUCCACUUCCGGGGCCCGAAGUUGCUGAGCUUAUUUUCAGAAUGAUCAAGACGCGUUUCCUUCAAAAGGGUCAUGAUACUGAUGAUACGGAGUAUGCGGAGAGAAAUGGUGUUGUUCUAAUUCCUCGAGUAAUCGAGCGAGAGGACGCGGCAUCAGAUGUUAUUCGAGCUGGGAAGGAAAACCGAUAUUCACAACGGACCUUUCAGCAAAAAGAUUGUCCACUUCGACUAUCCAGGGCAGACAAAGAUCACUUCCAGCCAUACUUCACGGUGGACCAACAAAUGACCCAGAUCCCUGCUGGGCAUGUCGGUAUCGAGGUGAUGGCUUUUGGGCUGAACGAAUGCGACGAAAUUCAGUAUCCAGAAGUAAUUGAAAGUCGCGGUACUUUGGGACUGGAGUGCAGUGGUAAAGUCUAUGCACUUGGAGAAGGUGUUGAAGGCCUCGCUAUCGGAGAUCGCGUUAUGUGCCUUGGAGAUGGAACAGCAAGAACUUUGUAUCACGCCGAAGCAUCGGCUUGUCACAAACUCAAUGCUUUCAUGUCAUAUGAGCUUGCAGCAUCUAUCCCCGUGGCCUAUACAACAGCAUACUACGUGGUCCACUACCUAGCACGAGUUCGACCACACGACAUUAUUUUGAUAGAAGACGCCGCAAGCUGGUAUGGCCAAGCUAUCAUUGAACUGUGCUACAUGAGGAGUGCCACCGUGAUAGCAAUUGUGAAGAAUGUAACCCAAGAGGAAGCCUUGAUCAAUCGAUUCCACAUUCCGCCUGACCGCGCUCUUAUCGAAGGGGAAGAAGACAUUCUGAAGAGACUUUUGGAGAUCACUCAUGGUCGAAAGGCUGAUGUUGCUAUUACCUUCUCAGCUACUACCUCCGAGAGCAUGAAGAUGACCUGGGGAUGGAUCGCUCCCUUUGGACGUUUCAUCCGGCUUCACACCCGCAAAACCGAAAUCGAACUCGACUGCGACGUAGCCUGCCCGGGGAGGAAUGGUGUUUUCUCCACAUUCAAUAUCUUUGCCUUCCAACGGGCGAGAACAGACCUGACACGCCAUAUACUUGGGAAGAUCAUCCGAUUUUUCCGUAAUGGGAGACUACUCGGGCCGUCUUCGUUGAUGGUAAAGGGGGUUGGAGAUGUAGAGCAAGCUUUGGAAAUGAUACCAUCUGAGAAACAUGUUGUGAUGACGACAGGGGCUGAUGAUAAGGUCACAACACUACUACCGAAACAAAACAACAAGUUAUUCCGAAGUGAUGCAUCAUAUAUUCUUGUUGGGGGUCUGGGCGGCAUUGGGCGUGUAAUUGCCCUGUGGAUGGCAGACCAAGGCGCAAAACACUUAAUACUCAUCAAUCGGAGCGGACUGUCAAGACAGCCUGCGCAGAAUACAGUAAGCAAGAUUCAAGGCAAAGGCGUGACAGUUACCAUCCAUGCCUGCGACAUCGCCGACGAAGCCCAAGUGUCCCAGGUAUUCGCAACUAUAUCUCAGAACCAGCCACCAAUUCGUGGCUUGAUCCACGGAGCCAUGAUUUUAAAGGACGUCCACAUUGAGAAAAUGACCUCCCAAGACUACAACACAGUCCUUCAGCCCCGCUAUACUGGAACCUGGAACCUCCACAGAAACCUUCCAACCGAGUUAGACUUCUUCUUGAUGCUCUCCUCAAUAAGCGGCGUGAUCGGAAACGCAACCCAAUCCGCCUACGCCGCAGGCUCCGCUUUCAUGGACGCUUUUGCCGCGUAUCGCAACGCGAUGGGCUUACCGGGAGUUUCAUUGGAUCUUGGCACAAUUACAGACAUUGGAUAUCUGGCUUCGAACAAGGACCUUGCGGCUCAGAUGGAGAGGCAGGGGUUUCAAGGAACUGAUACGCCGACUCUGCUGAGACUUGUUGAGUUCGCUAUCUCCCAGCCUGUUGUAGGUGGCAUGUCGCAAAUUGUGACUGGGUUGGGGGAGUGGAAGGAGGGGCAAUCGCUUGGAAAUUUCGAUACGCCGCUUUUCUCACAUUAUCGACGACGAUACCAGGUAGGCGAAGAUGGUGGGAGGGAGAAUGAUACAGAUGACACGCUGAAGGGUAUGUUACGUGCUUGUAAGACGAAAGAGGAGGCAGUUCCUAUUAUUUUUGAUGUGGUGAGUGGGAAGAUUGCUGCGCAGCUUGAUAUCUCGGUUGAUAGGGUGGAUCCGUCGAGUCCGCUUUCUGAGUUCGGGGCGGACUCACAGAUGGCUGUUGAGCUUAGGAACUGGAUCUUGAAGACUUUGGAAAGUACUUUGUCUAUCCUUGAAAUUUUGGCAAGUGAAUCGGUGCUUCAUCUGGCAAGACAGAUUGCUGAGCGGUCUCAAUUGGUUUGUGUGGAUAAUGAUGAGCAGUGA